UUUCUACAUAUGGAUUUAUUACGAGAAUUUCCACUUCCGCGUCGCCCACUUCUACGCCCACCUGGGGUAUCCGGGCGCCCAGCGGCUGGUGGGGCAGAGAUACCUGAGAGGGGUUGGAGUUCGUAGGGAUGCAGAAAUGGCUGCCCAUUGGUUCAGCCGCGCAGCACAGAGCUCACUAUUAGUUGGCGCCAAAUUCAACCGAACGGGCGAGAUAUAAGGCUCAUUCUUCGCAUCAGGAAGAGGCUGAGAUUCCCGGCUCCGAGGGCCACGAUCUGCAAACCUAAAACCUGCCGGCAGAUCGGCCCCAUCCGGCCCCCGUCUAGUCGCCCGUUUCUCCUGCUGUAAAGACUCAAACCUUAAUCAGUCGUUGGUCUCGUCUUAGAUUCAGGAGCCGUAUGUCUAUCCCAUGCAUGUUUAAUACCCUCACUGUAUUACCCUCUACCACCUCUGCUGGGAGGCUGUUCCACUUAUCUCAUAUAUCAAGACCCUUCUGCCUUUCUUGCUUAUUCUUAUCUGUUGUUCAGAAUGUUCCCUGUGAUCUGUGUAAUAAAGUUUAAACGGUUUUGUAUCCAGACGCGCUCCUCAGUGAUAAAUUAUAUGAACUUUGCACAAAGGGAUAAAAUCCAUAGUUGUGUGCGCAGGGAUCAGCUUCCUAGAAGGAAUGGAUAUAAACGCCUAUCUUGAGCGGAUCGGGGUUCCGGCCACCAGCCCUGCGCCGUCUCUCGCCGCCUUGCGCCAACUACAUCGCCAGCACGUCCUCUCCGUCCCGUUCGAGAGCCUCAGCAUCCACAGCGGGGAGAAAAUCCUCCUGGACCCGGCUCUCCUCUAUGAAAAGAUCGUAGAGCGGCGGCGCGGGGGCUUCUGCUGCGAGAACAACGGCCUCUUCCUCUGGGUGCUUCGAGUUUUGGGGUACAAACCCCGGAUCCUCUCUGCCCGGGUCCAAAACAAGACCACCGGAGCGUACGGCCCACCCUACGACCACAUGGUCCUGACGGUGGAGCUGGAGGGCCGGCGGUGGCUUUGCGACGUCGGGUUUGGCGAGGGCAUCAGGACGCCGUUCCCGCUGGAGUCGGGGUGGGAAGAGGAGCAGGACGGCUGUCGGCUCCGGCUGCGGGUGGAGAAGGACGAGUGGUUCUUGGAGAAGAAGGAAGGCGAUGGCUGGAGGAGCCUUUAUAAGUUCACCCUCCAGGAGCGCCGCUUCGAGGAGUUCCAGGGGAUGUGCGAUUAUCAUCAGACCUCACCCAGCUCCCUGUUCUUCUGCAAGUCCCUCUGCUCUUUGCAGCUGCCCCGCGGGCGGGUGACGUACCUGGGGCGCAGGCUCAUCACCACCCACAUCCAAGCCGACGGAAGCGCCGUCAAGACCACCCGGGAGCUGACGGACGAGGAGAUCCCCGCCGUUCUCAGAGACACGUUCGGAGUCGUCCUGAGCGGAAAGCUGGUUCCGAAGGAUGACGACAUUCUGCCGCCGCCGCUCUCCGCGUAAAUAUGUUUGGGGGUAUUUACAAUGAAUAAAAAGGCACUUAUACUUAAAAAAA